AUGGCGCUUAGCUGUGUGUUAGCAUGUGGUGUCUGCUUUGAUGCUGCCAGCAGGCCGACCCGGAAUGGAUUUGGAGGCGGCGCCCUCAAGGCCUCAUGUCCACGAAGGCCGUUGUCGCAGACUCCUACCCCCGGUGCUCGUCUGUUUCUAUGCGGCGUUUGCCCAUGUGGCCUUUCAGAGGUCAAGGGGAGUCGGAUUGCUCGCUCAGAUUGCAACUGUUUCGGAGACUUAUUGCCCCUCGAGUCACUCCAAUCGCCUCUCUCUCUCUCUUAA